AACACAGUUGUGGUUGGUCUCGCGCAGACUGGUGGCUGGGCGCAGGGGACCUCGCGCACUCUUCUCCCUUUCCAGCACCGGGCACGACGGUACCGCGACCCGGAUCAGGCGCGCGCCCAGAAAAGGAGGGAAAAGAAAGAGAGAGAGAGAGAGAGAGAGAGAGAGAGAGAGCGCACGGGGAGUGAGAGAGUUCUGCCGCGUCUGGCUCGGAUUAUUUCUGCUGCCUCUGCCAGCUCGCGGGGAAUACUUUUUAAAUGGCACGCGCGCGCUCUCGGUCAGAUCGGCGCUACUGCUCGGUGGAGCGCGCAUCGCCCGCGCGCAUCGCCGCGUCCGGCCGGCCGUGAUGAGCGCGCGCCGCUGAGAGCGCAGGACACGCGCGCCUCCCGCUGCCCCUCCGAGAGCGAGGAUAACAGACCCCCUGCCAUGCCCACCGGGACCGCCGCGCGCGCGGGGUCCAAACCCCCCGCCACUGCCCAGAGUCCCGUUACCGGCAGCUCGAGUUCGGCUGACCGCGCUCGAGCCUCCGCGCGGCUCCACUGCGCCUUCAUCAUCCUGCUCCUCAUCCUCACACCGCGCGUGGACUCGUCCUGGUGGUACAUUGGCGCUUUGGGAGCGCGGGUGAUUUGUGAUAAUAUCCCUGGCCUGGUGAAUAAGCAGAGGCAGCUGUGUCAGAAGCAUCCAGAUGUGAUGCAGUCCAUCAGUGAAGGGGGUCAGGAGUGGAUCCGCGAGUGCCAGCACCAGUUCAGGCACCACCGCUGGAACUGCAGCACUCUGGACCGAGACCACACCGUGUUCGGGAGAGUCAUGCAGCGAAGCAGCCGGGAGGCAGCUUUCGUGUAUGCCAUCUCCUCCGCUGGCGUGGUGUACGCCAUCACCCGAGCCUGCAGCCAGGGGGAGCUGAAGCCGUGUAACUGCGACCCGCACAAGCUGGGUAAAGCUCGGGACGAGCGAGGCGAGUUCGACUGGGGCGGCUGCAGCGACAACAUUAACUACGGGAUAAAGUUCGCCAAAGACUUCAUAGACGCCAAAGAGCGGACGGUGAAGGACGCACGAGCGCUAGUGAACCUCCAUAACAACCGCUGUGGAAGAAUGUCAGUGAAGCGCUUCAUGAAGCUGGAGUGUAAGUGUCAUGGCGUCAGCGGCUCCUGCACGUUGAGGACUUGCUGGUUGGCGAUGUCGGACUUCCGGAAGACUGGAGAUUACCUCCGCAAAAAAUACAACGGUGCCAUCGAGGUCACCGUCAACCAGGACGGAACAGGAUUCACCGUGGCUAAUAAGGACUUCAGGAACGCCACCAAAAACGACCUGGUGUACUUCGAGAAUUCACCCGAUUACUGUUUAAUGGACAAAGCUGCAGGUUCAUUGGGCACAGCUGGCCGCAUCUGUAACAAGUCGUCCCGAGGGACGGACGGGUGCGAGGUAAUGUGCUGUGGGCGGGGCUACGAUACGACACGCGUGAAGCGCAUCACGAAGUGCGAGUGUAAGUUUAAGUGGUGCUGCGCGGUGGAGUGUAAGGACUGUGAGGAGGCGGUCGACAUACACACCUGCAAAGCUCCCAAACGAGCCGAGUGGCUGGACCAGACCUGACGGGGACCCGCCUCCUGAAGAUCCUCCUGUGAAACACGGCAUUCUGGGAUAUGAAGUCCAUCCCUGGUGACUGCUCUCCCCGAUCCCUUUUCCUUGUUGCAUGGCUUUAUUGUAACUGUGUAACUGUCUCUGUGAAAGCACUACGACUGAAUGAACUGCAUUUCCCAUGAGCGCCUUGCACACUACGCCCGGCGAUGAACUGACCUGAGGACAGUGACGUGUAAAAAGAAUGAACUGUGAUGCAACUGUGAACGUUUCUGAUGGUGGAUUUAUUUUUUUUUUUGUGAAUUUGGUAAAUUUUCUGUUUUUUGGAGUGAUAUUUUUAUGUUUAUGCUGCUUUUUAAAAAAAAAAAAACGACUCUGAGCCUUUCUAUAAUAUCAUGGCUAGUAGCAGAAUAUUCACAGUUAUACGUUAUUAAAACACGGCUGUGUGCUACGUAUCCAUCAUACACCCAGAAGGUCGUUUUGCUUGAAGUGGAUGAAGUGAACAUGUGGGAAUGGGACACAACAGCAUAAAGAGGACACAAUAUGGCUCUGUAUCUCUACUUCAUGCUCAGUUUGGAUGAAAGGAAGGCCUGAAAGGAUUCUACAGAAGCUUCUGGAAGAGGAGGAAGAAGAGAUGAUGAGUGAAGGAGAGCCUGCACUAAGAACAUUAGCUAAAAACAGGAGCAAAAACCAUCAUUAAUAUCACUAUAUAUCAGGAAAUGCAACAUUAUACAAGUAUAAAUGCAAAAAAACCUUGGCUGCGUCCCAAUUGCAUACUAUACUAUAAUAUACUAUACACUAUACUAUUACUAACACUGUAAGGCUAUAGCAAUAAGGCUACCAUACUUAUUUUAAUAAGUAAUCUAAUUUGAAUAGAAAAUUUGGAAAUGGCAAAAUUCAAUGCUUAAAAAUAAAAUAAAAUUUGUACUUAAG